AUGCCUGUCAACAGCCGAACUCGUCUGCCCUCCUUAAUGUUCACAAGCCUGGAAAUCAGGCCAUUGGUCAAAAAGGACAACAAGGCCAACAUCACACCGCUAAACCCGCCUGUUGAGUCGAAGCUGAACCUCCCCUACAAGUAUAAGACGGCCCCACAUUUGACCACCCUUUCGGAGGAGGAGAGACUUGAGAUUGAGCGCGUUUUCCCUCUUCUCUACCCCCACGACGAAUGGGCUCGCAUAAAGUGGGGCAAUUAUAUGCUUCCGACUUCGCCAACUGAGAUCCAUACUACACCCCUCUCCCAUGUCUACUAUAGCGACCCGCUACCGGGAAGGCUCCCACCCAUUAUAUAUAAAUAA